UUUGCUUUUCACUUUCGAUAACUUUUUAUUGAUUUGCUCCAAAUAUACGCACAAAUAUACGGGUUCUGUCUGAUACAAUUAUUACAAAAGCAGUCAAUAUUCACAUAAAAAAGCAGGGGCAGAUCAAAAAUGAUGGAACAUGAAAGAGAUACUGAAAAAUUAGAGGGCGAAAAUAUUGUGAAGCUAAAUGCCUUCGCCCAGGAGUUUGUUCCACGUUCUAAAAAGGAAGAGUCAACUAAAGAAGAAGCUGAUGAAAUUAAGAAAUCGUUUGAGGCUACAAAAGCGCAGACAAAAAAAAUUACUCUGACAUUGCCGUGGAAAGGAUUUCCCAAGAAAACAGAAAGACCCGCUCGCAGUACUCAGGUGGUUUUAUUAAAUGAUGUGGACUACACAAUUCUUCCCCGUAUUAAAAGAGCUAAGAAUUCCAAUGCCGAUAACCCACUGGUCGUAAAUGUUCCUACUACAUCGUCCAAAAACCUUCAGAUUUCACAAAAGCGUUUUGAUGCCGAAGAAAAGCGCCGUGAAAAUGAGAGGAAAGUGGCUUUGGAAGCCAUCAAAUUAGUGGAACAGAGACGUAUGAGUGGUUCCAUAGUGCCCACAAAUCAAGAAAACGAAAAUUCCAAAGUAGAACCAAUUAUACAUCUCUCUAGAUCUCCAAUAAGAUUUUCGCCAGAAGAAAGAAUUAGGGUGGACCGCUUAAGAGCUGCGAAAAAGGAGCGUAUAGAAAGGGUCCUUCGGGAAAUGACAAACGAAAAGCAGGAACAACUAAUGCAACAGAGUCAGAACAUGAUGAAUAAGCAGACAGAAAAAACAGAGGAAAAGAAAGGAGAAAAGAAAACGGAGGAGAUAGUGGGAAGUAAUGAGGAGAACAAACUGGAAGAGAAAAAGCCAGAGAAAAAUAAGGAAGAAUCGGUUGUGGUUCCCCCCAAAAGAUUUAUACCCACCACAAAGGAAUGGGAUGAGCUAUGUCGUGCCAAAUAUAUGCCUAAAUCGAAUGGGGGAAAGGAUAUAGAAGCCAAUCAACCAACACCUCGCAGCACAGCUCCAUUAAAUCGACCUCAGGUCAACCCCAAUCUGGUGGACAUCACUCCAUCGGGAGUUAUCAGACUGGGUGAUCUUAGGGCUACAGCAAAGCCACGUUAUUGUCCGCCAACUGAUCUUCUUGAAACCGAAAAACGAAAGGGAAAUCUCACUCAUUUCCGACCACUUCCCAACUGGACAACCCGUCAGAAGCCCCAAGCUCAAUUGAAGGAGUUAGUCAAUCAGAAGGGGAGAGUAAUCAAACGCUACAGCAUAGAGCAAUUACUACAACUGGAACCUCAACCUAAAGAGCUUGAGAAACCCUGCAUAAAUGAGCACCUAAAAGGCCUAGGAUUUGUAUGCGAAUGAUUUAAAUACAAUCUCUUAUAUCGAAAUUCCUAA